UGCAACUCAUCUCUCUGUCUCACUUUAUUCUCUAUCCGUGCAGUCAGCGAUGUAGGGGCGCGUCCAACCUGCGUGCACCUGUGACCCAGUGCGCGUUUGCAGCGAGCUGCAGCCGCUACAAGCUGCUAUAUGUCGUGCGUCCAGAUAAGAACUCAUACUUGUGUACGCAUGUAGAUGCGUGUACUACGUGUACCGCAAGCUCCCACGAUCGAGAGUCAUCGAUAAACCCGUGAACUUGAGUGGAGUGCAGCGGAGCUCCCAGUGAACGAGUCGAAACGAGUUUACCUCACAGGACACCAUGAACGUUGCGUCGCAGAGGUUAGGAUGCGCCGCGUCGCGAGGGCCCCGCCGACGUUCGAGGAAAUGAGGCGAGGUUAACUCUACAAAAGCACUCUACUAACGCUUUCACGCCGCUUCCGCUUGCACUCGCAAAUCAUGUGAAGAGGCGCCGAGAGACUGGCAGCAACGUCCACGCGAAUAUUCGGACAUUGAAAGCGAAGAGAGGUUAAGAUGUGACUCGUUUCGUUCGUGCCGUAACACUGCCGACGCGGUGCGUCGUUGCGAUUGACUUUUGCGGUUUUUCACGGUAAUUAUUGAAGAAUUCCGGCCAUUUUUUGAGGUUAUUAUUAAAGAACUCUGAGAAAAAGCUGUUACGUCGGCUUAAAGCAGUUAAUCAUGGUUAAUUGAGACAGGAACAAUUAGUUCACGUGCGGUUUCUCGACUACGAUGUGAAACACAACCUCAACGGUUCUUUGCAGUGCAACAGGUGACGAGAUGAGAAAUUGCGCUUUUUGGUAAAGUACUUAAAGAUAUACUUAGGAAUUAGUGAUGAGUGAUCCAGGAAACGUGGGGUUUUUAAUGCAGAGAAUCGAACAUGGAAGGGUAAAUAAUUAGUGGAUACGUUUAUGUGUAAUAUCGGUAGAAGUUUUGGCUGGAUGUGCAUGAAGUCUCCUAAUUAUCAUCAUAAUGCGAUGUUUAGAGAUUUCGUUUCGUUGACUUCACCCUUGACGCUUGUAUUUUUGGACCGAGGCUGUAUCUUGUUUUAAAUUUUCUCUCCAAAUCUGGAUUUUAUCAUAGAGUCAUAGUCGUUGUGAUAUGUAAUCAUAAGCGAAUGUGUUUUUAUAAAGUUUUUAAAUUUUCUUGGCAAAUCCAAGGUGCGUUGAACUUAAUUAUUCAAUGGAGAGGUGAAAUAAUUUGUGGACUACUUUCAUCUACGUACUUGCUAAAGAUGUAAAGCAGUUGAAUCGUAAAAUGUCUUACAUGCAGAAAGAGAAUGCUAGUAGAGUAAGUGCGAUAAAACAGAAAUUCGAGAUUAAUCCUGGGCAGAACUUGGCGGAAAGUCCUAGAGACUCGGAUGACAGCGACGAGAGAAAGGAGCACCUUCGAAGAUCUGUCAGUGCAUCGCCGGUUAAAAUUAGGAAAAGUCUUAAACUCAAUGUUUCGAGACAACUAUCGAAUCCUGGGAAAAAUAUCAAGAGGAGUCCUGCAUUCAGAUGCGACAAGUCGGCGAAAACGAAAAAUCUGCAUUCUCCGACAAAGGAAAAAGUUACGUCGAUCGUCGAUAAGAACGUCAAGCUAUUUGAAGAUAAACCCGAGUAUGGAAAAAUUGGCAAUGUCAAAAAGAAAAUAAGAGAUACGUCUAUGGAUAGAUUUGACAUCCUCUAUGAUGAUGACCCGUCUCGUACACUCGAUAUGGCGGUAGGCUUAAGAUUAAAUUUAAAAACCAUACCCAGCAGCGAGAGAGGGUAUGGAAAAUUAAAUAGAAGAUUGCUUCAUGAGCAUUCAAAAAACAUGCAAUUGCCUAACACUCAGUUAUCUCCGAUAAAAGACUCUGUAAGGACCACGGUAAUCUCCAGACAAAAAAACAUUUCCCCUAUAUAUAAAACAGAGGACGAAGUAGAUGCCAUAUGCGAACGUCUUUCACUGGAUGACGAAACUAUGAAUGUCACGAAUUGUGAAUCUCGUAAUUUAACACAAUUGAAUAAGUUUGUAAAAAACGGUGUCGAGUAUACCAGAGUGCUUAAAUCGAAGGGAAGAUUCAACGAUCUUGAUAAAACCAUUGUUUCGAAUAUCAGCCAAAGUUGUUCCGAAAACAAGAAAGAAGCCUUUAUGGAUAUUAGAGAGGAAUUAUCCAGGAGAAAAAAUCAGUCGUCUUUGAUACAUGUAUCGCAUGGAGGAGCCAUUCGCAAACAGAAUAUGUUCAAAGAUUCGUUGGACAAAAAUCAUAAAGAUGAUUCACCGAAGACAUCAUUUUCUGACAUCGAAGACGAGUCAGGUAUUCUGUCAGAUAAUCUACUAGCGGCGUUAAGAGCUCCGCUACCCAAAGGUCCUCCCCCUGAAAAGCCACCAAGAACGUUUGCUCAUCGGCCUAGUGAAAAUGUUCCAAAUGUUAGUCAACCUUUGUCGUUUACUCAGAAGAACGUGAACGAUGUCAAGGGAAAUUUAAAUCUUUCAACUUCUACGCUAAUACUGAACAGUGCUACCGCAGGUCUUCCAAACGACAGCAAGCAGAUUGUUAAUAGUUUUUUAAAUAGUAUAAAAAAAGUCACUGACGAUGAACUGUCGGAUGAAGAUGUAACGACACAUCCGAUGCGCAGUGAGACCGGGAGUCCUGGAAAUGGAUUCUCUUUUCAUACUCCCCGUCGAAGCGCCGAGAAUACGAGUUCGAUGGAGCCAAAGGACACUACAGAACGUAUUAAACAUGGUGCAUUAGAUAGUAAGAGUUAUUAUAGUGACAAAAUCACGGUUUCUGUGAAAUCGAGUCAAGAAUCUCACCCAAGAACCAGCCACUUUCCUAGGGAAGCCAAAUCCACUGAAGCAGACCGUAGAGAUUCUGCCUCCUCCGAAGAAGGGACUAGUGCUUCGUCAUCAGGUUUGCCUGACUCAACGCAAAAAUUAAAAGACUCUGUUAUCACCACUGGGAAUAUUGGGAAGUCUCGACCUGGAAGAGAUUCGAAGAAAAUGUUGGAAAAGUUAGAGAACGUCUUAAUUCAGCAUCAGAAGGCUCUUGGACCGAAGGUCAUCAUGGCUCGUACAGGUACAAAAUUAAAUUCUCAGUUGGAUUCAGAUUCUGAUUUUGAGUCACCGAAGAGAAGAGUGCCAUUCUCCGAAAGACUCUCCAGGACCUUGGAGGAGCCAAGAAGACUGGGGCCUCUGCCGAAGUCUCCCACCUCAGGCUGCAAGAAGAACUCGACAUUCGAUUGUCUGCCAUCUUUAAACUGUGCCAGUGCUGGUAUUUAUGAACAGAUAAAAAAUCCAGAUUUUAAAACUUACCUGCCGCAGCAGAAAAGUGCCACUCUUGACAGGCCGGAUAAUUAUUAUGCCAAGUCUGGGGACCUCAUGGCGAAUUCCCAUUUUUGUAUGGAGUCGACCAAGAAUGAAUUCUACGAGAAGCUUAACAUGAGUCCAGCAUCGAGAAGAUUGUCUGCUGAGUUGUCGACUUUCCUCGAUGGGAAGCGAAGGAGAUCGAACCCUUCGGAGCUGGAGGAGAGAGUCUACGCUGAACCUUUUGCCUUCGAUAAGAACUGUGGUGUAGAUAUCACUGGAUAUGGUAAACUGUCUCCCAGCCUUCGGAGCGACAUUCUUAAACAGGAUAAAUUCAAGAGCGAGAGGCAAGACAACGAGUUGCAUUACAUGUGCACGCCAAUAACUUCAACUCUCUCGAAGAUCGUCGAUAACGGCACGCAAAAUGGCAUCGUCGAGGCGACUUGCGGCCCGAAAAAGUCGAUCUUGAAAUCGCCUGGCCAUGUGCGGCCCUUCGUCGACAAAAUGAAUAAACAUAAGAUAGAGCAGCUGCUCGAUCAAGCAUUCGGACAGCUUGUGAUGGCUGGCACGGAAACUCCUGACUCGAACACCUCUUCGGACACUGAUUCUCUUGCUUCGACUUUGUCAUUCAACGAGGACUUCCCCACCUUCGAUGAGAAGCUCAAACUUUUUAAGGAACGAGAGAAUAUCCCCAAAUCGACGAAGGAGGAGCUUCAUCGAAGCUUGACAGAGAAGAGGAAGCAUUAUGUCCGAAGAGUGUCUCUGAGGUACUUCGAGAGACAGGAGAUCCCUGUAACGGACAGGAGGGAUAAGCUGUUCGAAGUCUGUCUUUUGGUGGAGCUGAAUCUCAGUACAAAACAGCCAUAUAUUAAGGAUAAAUAUCCUGCUUACGCGAAGGUACCUGCUUGGAUUGAAAAUUUCUGUUUCCCCGAUGCUUCCUGCUGGCAACCCUCGGAUUGUGAGCAGAAUCAACCUUACUCUCUGGUUCUGAUGGACGAAAGAGGGAAUCGAAGAUAUGGAUACUGUUGCCGUGUCAAACCAGAAGGAGGUCCUAUUUUGCCGCUGGCCUAUUGCCUCAUCACUCGAUAUCGAGCUGGUGGCUUUUAUUAUAAGGUUCUGCACGAGCUUGAGUCGAGGCAUGGAUUUCCUGAUAGGAAGAAGAAACACUUUAUAGAGGAUCUUUACAAUAGUCCAAUGCCACGUCCUGGGUAUAGUUUGGUACUUAAGGCGGAGGAACGAGAGGACGACUCUUCUGCGAGGAGACACAGCAGCAAUAACAAUGUUAUUACCAAGACAAUAACUUCGGAGGAGAAGGUCAUACAAUCGGUGCAUGACUCUAAUUAUGUUCUCGUUAACUCUGAAAGAUCUGAUACAGAGAAAUCUCUGGGAACUGUGUAUGACAUCGACUCGAAAGGUCAUGUGAUAUUAAGAUCGGGAGAUCAUAGAUUGGAAGAAAGAGAUAUGAGCCAGCUGUUCGAUGCAGUGUCCACGAAAGUGUUGAUAGUCUUGUUCGGCAGCCUUUUGUUGGAGCGCAAAGUCGUCCUGUUAAGCAGUAGUUUAAGUAAACUGUCGUCUUGUGUUGAGGCAUUACAAAGUCUUCUAUAUCCAUUCGUAUGGCCGCAUACUUUUAUUCCAGUACUUCCUGACAUUCCUGGACUCUCGGAGAUCUUGCAAGCACCAUUGCCAUUUGUCAUCGGUCUUUUGAAGUUGAAAGGGAAUGUAGGAAUUGAAGUAAGCGCUGUAGAGGAUGGUAUUGUCGUUGACAUUGACGCGUCCAAAAUUAUCCACGCAGUUGGAGAUGAAUCUUCGAUAUUGCCAUCCAGACUUCAGAAAGGAUUGAAGUCUGCUUUACAAAUAGUAUCCGAUAAUACCUCAACGACUGAUGGGGUCCGAAACUUCCUGGUCUCCGAAGCUUUUCUCAGGGUAUUCCUGGAAACUUGCGGACAUUGUCGCUCUCAUAUUGUUACGCAGCAGGAUGGCAAAGUAGUUUUUGAAAAAGAAUCGUUCGUAAAGGCCAUCUCAUCUAAAACUAUGAGAUAUUUUCUUGAAUGGUUCGUUGAGACUACUAUGUUCAGUAAAUUCAUUCAAGAUUAUAUUUUAAGAACGGAAGGACUGAUGACGAAUGACGAGGACACUAUUAAGUUAUUCGACGAUAGGGUUACAGAGUGUGAAAAAGCGGCUGACAAAAGCGCGAAUACCAAAAAGAUUAGUUGUAAGAAGAAAACUUUAGGUGAUCGAUUGAAAGACUUGACCAAUUUCAACUCAUAGAAUCCACUGUGAACUCCAACCCAAGUUUCUCAAAAUGUGUUUGACAAUGUUUUAAUGAUAUUAACUGAUAGCAAGCGUACGAUAUUUGAGUUUUACAGUGGCAUCUUGUAGCUUUAACUAGAGGUAAACAUGAGGUAGAGUUCUUAAGCAUAGUCAAUUAUCUUUUUUAUGCCAGUGAUUAAUGUUUUACUUAACUACAAGUAUUAAACAAACUACCGACAAGUGUGUCGGAUAAGGCCGGAGUUAUUCCUCGUGAAACGAUAUUUUAUUAUAGCUUAAGUAUUUUCAUAGAAAAGGAUGGACCGAUGGAAGUUUGUGACGAACUUCUUUGUACAGAAAGUAUGUACAAUAUUGUUUUAUCCAGAACCCUUUAUUAUUGCCAUUGCUUGACUUAACUGUGAUUAUUUAUUUUCAUCGCUCUUCAUGACAUUGAAAACUGUAUUACCUGUUUAGGCAUGUUUGUGAAAUAAAAUUUGAGUACUAAGAGAAA